AUGGCGGCGGCGGCGGCGGCGGUGGAGCCGGUGGGCCUCGUCUCGGCGGCCGACGGGGAGCCAGUGGCCGGGCCGGGCAGCCGAGCCUCGGCCCCCGCCGGCCCCCGCGAGGACUUCCGGGUGCGCUGCACCUCGAAGCGGGCGGUGACGGAAGUGCUGGAGCUGUGCGGCCGCUUCGUGCGGGAGCUCGGGGACGCGCUCCCGGAGGAGAUUCGGGAGCCCGCGGUGCGGGACGCGCUCUGGACUUUCGAGUCCGCGGUGCAGGAGAACGUCAGCAUCAACGGACAGGCGUGGCAGGAGGCGUCCGACAGCUGCUACGUGGAUGCUGACAUCAAAGUUCUCGAAGACCAGUUUGACGCGCUCAUAGUCGAUUUAACCACAAAACGCAAGCAGUAUCCCAGAAAGAUCCUGGAAUGUGUCAUCAGAACCAUAAAAGCAAAACAAGAAAUCCUGAAGCAGUUCCGCCCCGUCGUCCGUCCGCUGGACCUGACGCGCGGCCCCGACCCAGCCCCUCGCGUGGAGACGCUGAAACGCAGAGGAGAAGCCCUGGCCAAGGAGAUCCGCGACGCCAUGCAGUCCUUGCCCGCGCUGAUUGAGCAAGGAGAGGGCCUCGCCCAGGUGUUAAAGAUGCAGCCUGUGAUCCACCUGCAGCGGGUCCACCAGGAGGCCUUCUCCGGCCGCCGCCAGGAGCCGGCCGCCCAGCCCGAGAGCCUCGUCGCCCAGGUGGAGACGACCCCGCCGGAGACGCCGGCCCGGAAGCCCGCGGACGUGGUGCUCAAGAGGCGAGCCCCGGACUGCCCCCAGCGCAGGUGGUACCCGCUGCGGCCCAAGAGAAUCAAUCUGGACACGUAGAGCGGCGGGGGCGGCGCGCAGGCCUGGCCGGUGCCCGGUGCCUGCUGGACUCAGCU